AUGAUGUCUGGUGGAAACACCGUAUCGGCCACUGGCCGAGUUAAUCCCGUAUCGUCCGACAACAGUACAAGCGACUACAAGGUAAUCCUUCCCCGUUUUCCGACCGGCAACCUGAUUUUAAACUCCGUAUUCCUGCAUGCAGACAUAAGCGCUAGGCCUUACUCAGCGCCAGACUUUCGCGACGCCCUGAAAGACGUAAUAGAUCUCCAAGAUGUAAAGGCAACCGGACAAUACCAAAUGAGUCACAUUUGGAUGGUCACCUGCACAAACGCGCUCGCGAAAGCGAAACUGUGUCAACAAAGAGAGGUUCUCGUGAAAGGACGAAAAUGUCUGGUUAUAGACCCAGACACUCGUGACAUCAAGAUAAAAAUCAUUUGGCUACCAGACCAUCUUGAAGACCGACGCGUCGCUGAGGCCUUGCAGGCCUAUGGAACCGUGCGGAGCAUAAGCCGGGAAAAAUGGAGAUGCCCCGGCAUGGAACAUAUGGACACUUUAAACAGAGAAGUGAACAUCACACUUCACGACGACAUCACGAUUGAGAAGGUGCCACAUCUCUUGAAGAUUUUUGGAUGUCAGUGCCUCCUACUCGUGCCAGGACGUCCACCUCUAUGCCUAAGGUGUAACAGAGUGGGGCAUGUACGACGACAGUGCAAGACCCCCCGCUGCUUCAAAUGUGGGAGAUACGGACACACGACUGAUACUUGCGUCACGACGUAUGCAAGUAAGCUCCUUGGACCGAGAACCCAAGAGGCCGAAGAACAAAGUGAGCUGCUGAUGGAUGUCACGGAGGUCCUCGACGCCUCGGGGCACACACCACCGGCAUCAACGAUCGAAAAGUUCGUGGAACAGGAACACCAAAGAGCAGCACCUGCCAUCAACGAAUGCAAGGAUGACCCUGGGGGCCUCCCGGAGCCACCACCGCCGGACGAGGACGACACGUCAUCCUCAUCAUCAGAGUCAACGAUUGUCGGCGAAGUCGUUACAGAGUGCGACAAAGACCAUGACGAGGUGGACGCGGAACCCACAUUCAUCGCACGGGCCUCUGAGACGUCGAGACCAUCUGAUGAACCAGAAGGAACCUCAACGCCCCUCCCGACCAAAAGUUCCUCUGCUGACGAGCUCCCUUCCAAGAGGUCCAAGAAAGACCGCCAGCCGGCUGGGAUACGGCACAAGCCGUACUCCAAGCUGCUGGGGAACCUCCAGGGUACCGAGAACAACCACUAA